AUGUUGCAACACCUACGUCAAGAUCGUACGAAAAUUGAAGCUGGCAUUGCGUCGUCGGCUACAAUUGUUGAUUGGUUCAACUUCUACCGAGAGGUCUGUGUGUUCUGGACUGACAUACAUAGUGAAAAGAUUGGUGGUCUAGGACACAUAGUUCAAAUUGAUGAAGCAAAAAUUGGAAAACGAAAAUAUAAUUGUGAUCGACUUAUAAAAGGUCAAUGGAUCUUCGGGGGAUACGAGCAAGGGUCGAAAAAGAUGUUUAUUGUACCAGUUGAAGAUCGAACGGAAACGACACUCUUGCCAGUAAUUAAAGAAUGGAUAUUGCCAGGAACAACUAUUGUAUCGGAUUGUUGGAAGUCCUAUGAUUGUUUAAACAAUGAGGGCUUCCAACAUCUGACAGUAAACCAUUCUUACAACUUUGUCGAUCCUGAAACUGGUGCACACACUCAACACAUAGAGCACGUUUGGAGAGAAGUUCGGGGAAAUAUUCCUAGAUAUGGAAGGAGAGAAUAUCAUUUUGAAGGAUAUUUGGCCGAAUUUCUCUUUAAACGCGCCUAUGAUUAUGCUGAGCGGAUCGAGAUCUUCUUCGACAUCAUUGCGAAACUGUAUCCUCCGAUGUCAGCGUUUAAUGACCAGCCAGUAGUGAACAAAAAUGAGGAACCAAGUACCAGCACAAAAGAUUAA